UACACAUUCAUUUCAUUUCACAACAUAAGUCAAACGUAACAAUAAGUUUACAUAAAUUUCGACAACUAGGCAAAUAUUAAAAGCACAACAAAAGUUCCUACAUGAAGCAUGAAGUUACCAUAAACAAUUGCUAUGAAUAUUACAAGAAAGACCGAAUUAGUAUGAAAUCAAUUGAGUAUAACAAUUAAACAACUAAAGUAUAAUAAAAUUGUCAAAACAGCCGACCAUCGGACACCUUCCUCCCUUUGACCAUUCACACAACAAGACCCAAUCAAAUAUCAGUCAACCCCCCCAACCUCACACAUCAAACGGUGCAAAACCCAUCAUUCACCUAAAGUAGGUCACCGCCAUGUCACCUUAAAAAAUAAAGCUCCAAACUUUAAAUGUCAACAACUUGAACUUCUCCCUCUACUUUGAAAAAACUCUCUUCUUUAGCUCACUUUCUCUCUCUAAAAAAAAUUUAAAGAUUAAAACUUUUUAAUUUUUUUUCAUCUCAUUUGACGUGAUUUUCAACCAAUCCUGGCCGUCCGAUCAUGGGGCACUGUUACAGCAAGAAGACUACUUCAGUGGCGGUCAACGACGCCGUUUCAUCCGCCGUUGAAGACCCAACUCCGGCGAGUGUACAAACGACGCCGUUUCAUAGCCCCUUUCCCGCCGGAAUCAACCCAUCUCCGGCGAGAACUCCGGGAAGGAGAAUGAUGAAAUGGCCCUUUCCGCCUCCAUCGCCGGCGAAGCCUAUAAUGGCGGCGUUUCGGCGGCGGAGGAAGGAGAGUGGUGGGGUUACGCCGGAGAGGACGGCGGAGCAGGAAGGAGAAGGGAGGAUGAGAGAGAGAGAGGUAGAGAGAGAAAGAGAAAGGGGUUUAGACAAGAAUUUUGGGUAUUCCAAGAAUUUUGGGGCAAAAUAUGAAUUAGGGAAGGAAGUGGGUCGAGGGCAUUUUGGUCAUACUUGUUGGGCAAAGGGUAAAAAAGGGGAUGUUAAAGGUGUUUCUGUUGCUGUCAAGAUCAUUUCUAAAGCUAAGAUGACUUCAGCAGUUGCAAUUGAAGAUGUCCGCAGGGAGGUGAAAAUGUUGAAAGCAUUGUCUGGCAACGCGCAUAUGCUCAAAUUUUAUGAUGCAUUUGAGGAUGCUAACAACGUCUACCUAGUCAUGGAAUUGUGUGAAGGUGGUGAGCUAUUAGAUAGAAUUUUGCAAAGAGGCGGGAGAUAUGUCGAGGAAGAUGCCAAGGGAAUUGUAGUGCAAAUAUUAUCCGCCGUUGCAUUUUGCCAUCUUCAGGGUGUUGUACACCGUGAUCUAAAACCAGAGAAUUUUCUUUUUGCUACUAAGGAAGAUGAUGCGCGUUUAAAGGUUAUAGAUUUUGGUCUUUCUGAUUAUGUCAGGCCAGAUCACAGGCUUAAUGAUGUAGUUGGAAGUGCCUAUUAUGUUGCACCUGAAGUGCUGCAUAGAUCAUAUAACAGUGAAGCAGAUAUGUGGAGCAUUGGUGUCAUAACGUACAUCUUGUUAUGUGGAAGCAGACCUUAUUAUGCACGAACUGAAUCAGGAAUAUUCCGUUCUGUGUUAAGGACUGAUCCUAAUUUUGAUGAUAUACCUUGGCCCAAUAUAUCAGCAGAGGGAAUUUUUUUUGUAAAAAGGCUACUGAACAAGGACCACAGGAAAAGGAUGACGGCAGCACAAGCACUAGCUCAUCCAUGGUUAAGAGAUGAAAACAGACCUCUUCCUUUAGAUAUAUUCCCAAUCAAGCAAGUAAGGUCAUAUAUGCGGGCCACCCCUCUCAAACGAGCAGCUCUAAAGGCUCUUUCAACAGCUCUGACAGAUAAUGAGCUCUUUUACCUCAAAGCACAGUUUAGGCUCCUAGAGCCAAAAGAUGGUUGUGUGUCUCUCGAGAAUUUUAAAGCGGCCCUCGCGAGAAAUGCAACCGAUGCCAUGAAAGAUGCCAGAGUUUCUGAUUUUUUGACUAUUAUGGAACCAUUUUCAUCCAAGAAGAUAGAUUUUGAAGAGUUUUGUGCAGCGGCAAUCAGUGUAUAUCAGCUUGAGGCUCUUGAAGACUGGGAUAAAAUUGCUACCAUGGCGUUUCAGUAUUUUGAGCAGGAAGGUAACCGGAGGAUCUCAGUUGAGGACUUUGCAAGGGAAUUGAACUUGGGCCCGACAGCUCAUACUUUAGUCAAGGAUUGGAUACGAAGCUCUGAUGGAAACAUUAAUUUUAUCGGUUACACCAAAUUCUUGCACGGUGUUACAAUACGUGGCUCCAAUACAAGACGACAAUAGCUUUUUGAGUAGUCUACUAGCAGGGUAUGCAGUUUGUACCAUCACAAAUGAAAUUCUGUCGAAUUCUAAUACGGUUUUACCGGUUAUUUGGAGUGAUGGGGUUAUGGAAACCCCUUGGCGGGGAGCAAUUGAGCUCCCCCACCUCCACCCCUCAAUUUUUUCACCCCUGAUGUUGUAAAUUUUCAAUAUGGGGGGUUGCAUAUAUGGUGACAACCUUGCAAAAUCUUACUGUAAAACAUUCAGCUGUUUAAUACAGCCUGUAUAUUAGUUGUUGCUGCAUAGAAGAUUAGAAUCUGAUGCUUGAAGGCUUUCUGAAAUACUCAGAAUGUUUCAUACUUAAAUUAGCUUUUGUAGUCCCCUCUUGUACGCAGGAA